AUGUCAACAAAAUACGAUCCUCCCUCCGGCCCACCCCCGCCAGCCUACGGUUCCGAGACCGGUGUCAACUCUCCGCAACCCGCACACAUAGCCGCGCAAUCCACAGGACAGACACAAUCAGACUAUUACGGCGCCUCGCCUCAGAACGUCUAUCCGCCACAGCAACCAGGCGCGUACGUACAAGGGCCUCAAGGCCAGUAUCAAUACCCGCAGGGGCCACAAGGAGGCUACUAUGCUCCCAAUCCGCAGAUGGGGUAUGCGCAACAAGGACCUUAUGGUGGGCAAGGAGGGUAUGGACCGCAGGGCGGGUAUUAUAAUGGAGGAUAUGCGCCGGGGUACGGACCUCAGGGACAGUAUUUGGAUGAUAGGCGGGGUGGCAGUAGUGGGUUCAUGGAGGCGAUGCUAGCCAGGAAAGAGAAAGAGAAAACAGUCGGACUAGGAGACACAGUGUGCUUGGAGCAUAGAGGAAGUGCCGAGCCACGAAGUUGUGGCGGAUACAGCGAAGAGAGGAAAAUGGAGAUACAGGACGAGUGUAUCGAUAGACUGUAUUCGGAAUAG